GUUGUUUAGCCUGACAGUGCAGUGAAUGAGAAGAGAGUGAGGGAGAAAGGGAGACAGACUUUCUCGCUGUGUAUGAAUUACAGAGAAAGCAGCAGAAAAUCAUAUCAUCUUUUACAGGACUGGGUUUUUCUAUUGGAUUACAAACAAGAAGAGAGAUUUUCACAGAACACACAUACAAGGGUAGAAAUGAAGCUUCUUGCGGCCAUAGCAGUGGUGCUCCUCCUGGUGGUGUCGGAGAGUAUGGCGGCCAGAGGCACAUCCAGGAGGACCAAGAGGGAGCUGAUGAGCCCGCUGCACAUGGGGGGAAUCAGGGACCCGUUUGGGUCGUACUGCGAGCGGAGAGGGGGCUGCUGCCCGGGCCGGGACGACCAGUGUACGGUGCCCUACCUGGACACCAUCUGUUACUGUGACCUGUUCUGUAACCGAACCAUCUCAGACUGCUGCCCUGACUUCUGGGGCCACUGUCUGGGCAUCUCACCCCCUUUCAUUGGCACCUGUGAAAGGAACAGCCACAAAUUCCUCUCAGGACAGACAUACAAAGAGAACUGCAACUUAUGUACAUGUGGAACAACUGGGCGUUGGGAGUGUGAGCAGCAUGCCUGUCUGAUAGAGAAUGACAUGAUCCAGGCUGUCAACAGAGGAAAUUAUGGCUGGCGGGCAGCAAACUACAGCCAGUUCUAUGGCAUGUCUCUGGACGAGGGCCUGAGGUAUCGCCUGGGGACACAGAGGCCCUCCAGGACUAUCAUGAGCAUGAACGAGAUGCAGCUGAAUAUGGACCCUCAGAAUGACCGUCUGCCUCAGUACUUCAACGCAGCAGAGAAGUGGCCUGGAAAGAUCCACGAACCUCUGGACCAGGGUAACUGCGCUGCCUCCUGGGCCUUCUCCACUGCAGCGGUGGCAUCUGAUCGAAUCUCCAUCCAGUCGAUGGGUCACAUGACCCCUCAACUGUCGCCCCAGAACCUAAUUUCCUGUGAUACACGCAACCAAGGGGGCUGUGCUGGAGGCCGUAUCGACGGAGCCUGGUGGUACAUGAGGCGCAUAGGUGUGGUGACAGAGGAGUGCUACCCGUUCUCUGCUCCCCAGCAGACACCAGCAGAGGUGGGCCGCUGUAUGAUGCAGAGUCGCUCUGUGGGCCGUGGAAAGAGACAGGCUACUGCACGCUGCCCCAGCACACACACCUACCACAAUGACAUCUACCAGUCUACACCUCCCUACAGGCUCUCAUCAAACUUUAAAAGUAUUUUGGAGUUCAGAGUUUAUAAUGCACCGGUUCAAACCAUCCUGGAGGUCCAUGAGGACUUCUUCGUCUAUAAGAGUGGAAUCUACAGACACACAGACGUCAGCUUCACCAAACCACCACACUACCGCAAACACAACACACACUCCGUCAGAAUCACAGGGUGGGGAGAGGAGAGGAACUAUGAUGGGACAACAAAGAAGUUCUGGAUCGCUGCCAACUCGUGGGGGAAGAACUGGGGGGAGAACGGCUACUUCCGUAUCGCUCGCGGUGAGAACGAGUGUGAGAUUGAGGCGUUUGUGAUCGGUGCGUGGGGUAGGGUCACUAUGGAAGACAUGCAGAGCCACCAUCACCGCCGACUCAAGUAGAGACAUACACUCCAGGAACUCAGCACCCUCUUCCCCUACCCUGAGGGAGCAACUCAACUAGCCCCAGAGUGCCUACCCUUCAGCCCAUACCCUCUUCCCCUCCCUACCCUGGGGGAGCAACCCAACCAUCCCCUGAGGCCCUGCUCUUACUCCUUUACCCCCACGCCAAAAUUUGGGGGAACAACUCAACCAGUUCCCACUCUGACCUUUGGGGGAACCAACAACAACUACCCCAAGAACUUAAACUCUUAACCCCUUACCCCCUUGCACCCACCUCCCCUUACGGCAGCCUAGGGGUUUUGAUACCCCAACCGCCCCCCCCCCCAACCCAACUCAAGGUUGAUGGCACCAAAACAAGCUCCAGGCCUGCAGGCUGAGAGAGGCUUCUCCAUACAGCCUCCUCUGGCUUCAGGACACAGCAAUAAGCACCUCAGGACUCAUUAUUCCAAAGACCAUCCUUCCCCGACUCCUCGGCUUCAGCCUGGCAUAGACUGUCUACUUCCUACUUCUGUUCUUAAGUCUUCACUUCCACUGCUAUAUUGAUGAAAUAACUGUCUUGAUCUGAACUCUCUCACUCUCCUCUUUCUCAUUGUGUAGCUCUUCAUUUGGCUGCCAUGACCGGUGGCUAUCCAUUUGGCUGCCAUGACCGGUGGCUAUCCAUUUGGCUGCCAUGACCGGUGGCUAUCCAUUUGGCUGCCAUGACAGGUGGCUAUCCAUUUGGCUGCCAUGACUGGUGGCUAUCCAUUUGGCUGCCAUGACCGGUGACUAUCCAUUUGGCUGCCAUGACCGGUGGCUAUCCAUUUGGCUGCCAUGACCGGUGGCUAUCCAUUUGGCUGCCAUGACUGGUGGCUAUCCAUUUGGCUGCCAUGACCGUUGGCUAUCCAUUUGGCUGCCAUGACAGGUGACUAUCCAUUUGGCUGCCAUGACCGGUGGCUAUCCAUUUGGCUGCCAUGACAGGUGGCUAUCCAUUUGGCUGCCAUGACAGGUGGCUAUCCAUUUGGCUGCCAUGACCGGUGGCUAUCCAUUUGGCUGCCAUGACCGGUGGCUAUCCAUUUGGCUGCCAUGACAGGUGGCUAUCCAUUUGGCUGCCAUGACCGGUGGCUAUCCAUUUGGCUGCCAUGACCGGUGGCUAUCCAUUUGGCUGCCAUGACCGGUGGCUAUCCAUUUGGCUGCCAUGACCGGUGGCUAUCCAUUUGGCUGCCAUGACCGGUGGCUAUCCAUUUGGCUGCCAUGACAGGUGACUAUCCAUUUGGCUGCCAUGACCGGUGACUAUCCAUUUGGCUGCCAUGACCGUUGGCUAUCCAUUUGGCUGCCAUGACCGGUGACUAUCCAUUUGGCUGCCAUGACCGGUGGCUAUCCAUUUGGCUGCCAUGACCGGUGGCUAUCCAUUUGGCUGCCAUGACAGGUGGCUAUCCAUUUGGCUGCCAUGACAGGUGACUAUCCAUUUGGCUGCCAUGACCGGUGGCUAUCCAUUUGGCUGCCAUGACAGGUGACUAUCCAUUUGGCUGCCAUGACCGGUGGCUAUCCAUUUGGCUGCCAUGACCGGUGGCUAUCCAUUUGGCUGCCAUGACAGGUGGCUAUCCAUUUGGCUGCCAUGACAGGUGACUAUCCAUUUGGCUGCCAUGACCGGUGACUAUCCAUUUGACUGCCAUGACAGGUGGCUAUCCAUUUGGCUGCCAUGACAGGUGACUAUCCAUUUGGCUGCCAUGACAGGUGACUAUCCAUUUGGCUGCCAUGACCGGUGGCUAUCCAUUUGGCUGCCAUGACUGGUGGCUAUCCAUUUGGCUGCCAUGACAGGUGACUAUCCAUUUGGCUGCCAUGACAGGUGACUAUCCAUUUGGCUGCCAUGACAGGUGGCUAUCCAUUUGGCUGCCAUGACAGGUGGCUAUCCAUUUGGCUGCCAUGACCGGUGGCUAUCCAUUUGGCUGCCAUGACCGGUGGCUAUCCAUUUGGCUGCCAUGACCGUUGGCUAUCCAUUUGGCUGCCAUGACCGGUGGCUAUCCAUUUGGCUGCCAUGACCGGUGGCUAUCCAUUUGGCUGCCAUGACAGGUGGCUAUCCAUUUGGCUGCCAUGACCGGUGGCUAUCCAUUUGGCUGCCAUGACCGGUGGCUAUCCAUUUGGCUGCCAUGACAGGUGGCUAUCCAUUUGGCUGCCAUGACAGGUGACUAUCCAUUUGGCUGCCAUGACCGGUGGCUAUCCAUUUGGCUGCCAUGACCGGUGGCUAUCCAUUUGGCUGCCAUGACAGGUGGCUAUCCAUUUGGCUGCCAUGACAGGUGACUAUCCAUUUGGCUGCCAUGACAGGUGGCUAUCCAUUUGGCUGCCAUGACAGGUGACUAUCCAUUUGGCUGCCAUGACCGGUGGCUAUCCAUUUGGCUGCCAUGACAGGUGGCUAUCCAUUUGGCUGCCAUGACAGGUGGCUAUCUAUCUCUGGUCUUGGUUAACCCUCUCUCUGUGUUUCUCUGUUGUUGUGUAUUUUGAAAGCCAACCCCUUAGGGACAGAUUGGGAUGGGGCGAACCAGAGUGAUAGAGGGGUAGAUGAUACAGGCACCAGACUGGGCAGUUCCCACAACAAGAGACGAUAGAAACUAACAAUCUACUACAGUUUAGUUUAACGUUAUCACUAACUCUUAGUCUAGCUACUUACAUCGCUGAUUAAUGUAUUCCUAUUACUGUCAGCAGAUCUAGUGCAGUUGCAGUAGCCUCGCAUAUCUUCACAUGUUCCAAAAAUGCAGAAUCUUACACUGGAAAGGGUGUUGGGCUAGAGGUAGGUGGGGUUGAGGGUUUAGUGAGCUGUCCAUUUGACCAAUAAUUCAUUUAAUUCAUUCAUUUACCAAAGAUUGCUGUUUUCUUUUUAGGUUAAUUGCACAGUACAGUAUUGAGUUUAAGCAAGCUCUGGAAGUGAAACUCAAUGCCAAAUUUCUCUUGAGUUUUCAGUACCUGUUUAUGGAAGAGAUGGUGUCAAUCUUCCAAUGAUAUCAAAUCAACUUCGAUCUCAUGACCAUGACAGCUCUUGACUGAAACCAACUGCUUGAACACAACUAUUCAUUAGAAAUAAUAUUAGUGGAUCAGCCGUUUAUAAAUCUCCCUUAUUACUAUUUAUAAAGUACGUAUAAAAGCAGAGAUGAAGCUUGUUUAAUAUGUGUGGAUGUGUUUGUAGCAAGCGAGGAGCUUAACAACAGCCUUUGAAAAACACAUUCCGUUUAUUAAAUAAACUGGUUGAUAAAAUCAUAUCCUGGAAGAAUAUGAGAUCGAUUGAAAUAACAGUGUUGUCCUUUUGGUUUGAAGAAGGUGAAAUGGUCACCACCAGAUGAUGCCAGAGACAGAAGAGAAAGAGAGACACUUGAGUCCCUAAUUCUUUUCUGAUCGGGGUGGAGCCACUUUGGGCUACUUAGUGGCCCGUCUCACUUUUUCUGGUUUGGUGGGUGGGACGAGCAAGAGUGGACACUAAGUAGACCAGAACCAGCUCUUCCCUCUCUCACUUGAGCAUGCCAGACAUUAUGGAGAAGCUGUGAGGUCACACAGGAAAGCAUGUUCACGCAAGAGAGGGAACCGUGACCAUUUCUUUUCAAUGGUAAACAGCCUGAGGAAACCAUCUAAGUUAUCCACUAUCUUUGAUGAUCCUUCAACGUGACAACUUUAUGGGUUAUCCAAUGCCUUAAUGAAAUAAGUGCAGUUUUUUGGGGAGCCUCUGGUUGAAAGAUUAGACCCAUUGUGUAUUAUAGUCUUAAUCUAUUUCAUUCUGUGUAUUUACAUUUUAGUCAUUUAGCAGAGGCUCUUAUCCAGAGCAAUUUACAGGAGCAAUUAAGAUUAAGUACCUUGCUCAAGGGCACACCGGCAGGUUCCCCCCCCCCCAUUUUCGUCGUGCCGGGGAUUUGAACCAGCAACCUUUCGGGUUACUGCCCAAUGCUCUUCACCACUAGGCUACCUGUACACAGUGAUAUGGUUAUGCUGAAAAUAUUGUUAUUGUUGCUGUUGUGUAUUAGUUGCUUUGAGAGAUGUGUGUCUCCCACACAAACUCCCACCUCCCCUGACCAGUUGCUUUAAAGCAGGGGUGUCAAACCCAUUCCAUAAGAGGCCAUACUGUCUGCUGGUUUUAUAUUUCAAUAAAGACCUAGAUGACCAGGUGAGGGGAGUUCCUUACUAAUUAGUGAACUUAAUUAAUCACUCAAGUACAAGGGAGGAGCGAAAACCCGCAGACAAUCAGCCCUCCGUGGAAUGAGUUUGGCACAUGUGCUUUAAAGGGUGCUCAGGAGGUGCAUAUUCUUCUGCAAAAACACACACACAUCAAAAGGUGAGGAGGUCGCCGCACUCAGCUGCCAAAGUCUGUUCAGUGCUGUUUCAUUGUAGUUUUUUUGUCAGUUUGAUGGUAUAAGCCUAAUAUCUCAGACACAACAUGCCACUAACACUUCAGUAUUUAGCAAUAGGCAUGUGUAGGCCUAUACAACAGACUCAUUGUGACGUUUCAAAGGUUGUGCAUCUCCCCAAAAUGUUUAAGUAAGUAGCUCAAACCUCAACUGAAUCCAGUGAACACACAGGUUCUGAUAUACUGAUUUAACUUGAUAUAACUACCUUAUGUAGUGUUGCCCCAGGUGCUCUUUUUAUGUUGUCUCUCUAAUUUUGUUCAAAUUUGAAAUAUAGUUUUGUCAUUAGUUUUGAAUGUAUCAGAUUCCAGAGGUGCCAACAGUCCUUUCAGAGACCACAUCAUAUUACAGUCUCACUCCACAAUAAACUGCUUGGCUUCCCAGAAGUGAUGUAUUUUCAACUGUGACACCUUUCCAAUAUGGCUUCCAGUUGUCACAUUGUUACUGUAACUCAGCCAAGGCUCCUAUAAGCCUACACCAUUUCAUACAUUUCAAGUAGGCCUUUCGUUUUAAACCCCCGUUGCAACCAUCACCUCUGAGAAAAGUACAGAGGCGCAGGAAAACAGACAUGUGUGGAUGGACAAGCAAUGUUGAAUGUGGAGGAAGGUUAGGCUAUAGGAGGUAGGGCAGACAUAGCCGCAUGUUGUGUGAACCAUGCGGUCUACAGAAUAUUUACUUUCACUUCAAAUGGAGCGAGAGAGGAUGAGUACGAUCAAAUGGGGGGAUGGUGAGGUGCAUCAUGAGUUCACGAGGCAUGACAGUGCAGAAAGAAUGGAGAACAGAAGGGAGGUGGGGGUUGAGGGGGGGACUGGGGAGGGAGUCAACAGAGCUGAAAACAGAUACGAUGACAUUGUGUUGUUUAGAAAAGAGUACACCAGAAAACUUGACCACUAUUUAGGGCUUUGUUAAGCCAGUAUCGCUGAAGCGUUAUAGAACGCUUGAUUUUCUGCAAUAUGUAUUGAAUAGAGCCCUCAGUUGUGUUUUUCACUUGACUUUUAAUCCUUUAUAGGUUCUAACCCCUGAUGCUUCCAUAGUCACAUGAUGGACGGACUCAUGCCAAACAUAGCCACAGUUCACAGGAGGUUGGUGGCAACUUAGUUGGGGAGGACGGGCUUGUGGUAAUGACUGAAGCGGAAUGCUUCAAUAGUCACAUGAUGGACGGACUCAUGCCAAACAUAGCCACAGUUCACAGGAGGUUGGUGGCAACUUAGUUGGGGAGGACGGGCUUGUGGUAAUGACUGAAGCGGAAUGCUUCAAUAGUCACAUGAUGGACGGACUCAUGCCAAACAUAGCCACAGUUCACAGGAGGUUGGUGGCAACUUAGUUGGGGAGGACGGGCUUGUGGUAAUGACUGAAGCGGAAUGCUUCAAUAGUCACAUGAUGGACGGACUCAUGCCAAACAUAACCACAGUUCACAGGAGGUUGGUGGCAACUUAGUUGGGGAGGACGGGCUUGUGGUAAUGACUGAAGCGGAAUCAGUGGAAUGUUAUCAAAUACACUUGGAAACCAAGUGUUUGAUGCCAUUCCAUGUGCGCCGUUCCUGACAUUAUUAUGAGCCGUUCUCCCCUCAGUAGCCUCCACUGCCAUAGCUAUGCAACAAAUCAACAAGUGAAAGCUGAUGUGCAACAUCAUUUAGUUUUUUGGUAGACAUUACAUAAUUUUAUUGCAUUCAUUAAAUUAAUAAAAACGAAUAAAUUGUUAAAAUUGUGACUUCUAAAAGCAAUAUGAAAGGAAUCUGCUAAUGCGUUGCUAGGCAAUAAAGAAGGCUACAUGUCAUUGUGUCAUUUCUUACAUUUUGCAAAAUAUUAACAAGUAGAAUUGGGAGGUGUUUCCGCAUGAUUAAUUUAUUCUAGAUUUUACAUUACCGUUAUAAGCUACCAUAACUGUUUAUAGACCUAGUAGUUUAUUCGUGCAAGUCAAAUCAGUUUUAUCCUUUAAAAUAAUGUUAUAGUACUAUCCCAUUAGACUAUGAGAUACAGCCCCUAGCCAAUGAAAAACCCCAGGGCUCUGUCCCAAAUGAAACCCUAUUCCAUAUACAGUAGUGCACUACUUUGACCAGUGCCCUGGGACACAGCUAGGCCUACUGUAUAAGGUUAUUGUCAAUAUGUUGGCUAACCAGAUGGAUCCUCAUUCCCAUGCAGUCAUCCAGAUAGUUAUGUCCUUAUAGGGAUAAACCAUUGAUAGACAGAUAAGCCUGUCUGGAUCAAUGGGACGAGAUGAGAAGGCAAUUGGAGGAAAAGAAUUUGGCCAAAGCUGGAUCCAAGUUGGUCUGACUGUUCUUUUUUAGUUUGAGUGAAUCAUGAGUGUGAUGAUUCACUGGAUUCCAUCUUUAGUCUGCCUAUUCAAGGUGCCCAGAUCUGUAGAAGACACUCUCUCGAGUCGACUAACAAUGAGAUCUUUGUCAGUCUUAAAAAACUAUUUGGAUGGUAUUCAGGGGUUAAAGUUACUCUGACAUUAAAGAGCCAAUCACUCACUCAACCAAACAUGUAUCUUAUACUAUAGGACUCCUUCAAAACCACAGGACCCCAGUCAGAAGUUGUGUAUUCAAAGUCAAAGACCCACUUCACAUUCAUUGAUACAUAGACUUUAUUUAUGACAAGAUGUAUAAAUGAUAUAUUUUAUUUUCUGUGCAAUGUUUAUUAUUAUGAUCUGUCUCUUGUAUUGUGUGCACUAAAUGAAACACCCCUAUAGUUUUUACCUGCGUGGCACAAUAAAGUCUCUUAAAACAACCA